AUGGCUGAUCCUCUGCGGAGGACUUUACUAGCGAAACUCCGGGGGAAGAAAUCCAAGAAAGGAGCGACUGUCGGCGGUGGAUACGGCGCUGCUGCUGCUUCUUCUUCUGCGGCGAAUGGGUGCCGAGAAGGUAAAGAAAAAGUUUUGCAAACGCAGCGAGACUCCGAAGAGGCUCGCCCGGUAGUUUUGCUCACAGGGCUGGAUUGCACGACAGAGAGAAUGAGUACGUACGAGAAUUGUGUUGACGGGGCGGUUGUGCAGACAGGGGGGGUUGUGAUAGUCCGGGAGAGUCGACCAGAGUUGGCCGGCGCACGUCCCCAGGAGCGACGCGGCGGGGGCAGGGUUCGGGUUAAUGAGGAGCUCCUGGGGGUCUCACUUCAAAGAGACGUGCAGUUUGGGGGACUUGCGUUAAGCGAGGAACACAAGAGCCACCACCAGGGGCCAAGAGCCGGUGGAAAAAUCACAUUAUCGAGUGGAGGACCGCAUGUUCAGAGGAAACACUUCAUCUCGGUGCAGAGGCAGUGCAGCGUCGGGGAUUCAAUCGGGUUUGGGGACAAUUCAAAUCACGUUGCACGGGUGCAAACCUGGGUGAGUAAACCAGAGGAGGGACGGGUUACUAUCGCCGGGACAGAGCCAGGACUCUCCCGGCACAUGGCAGGCACCGUGGUGGCUGUUACUGAACACAACGCGAACUGGACUUGUGACAACAACCCAACUUCGGAGACCAACUCGCCGGUUUGCGCGGCACUAAUUCAUCCAAAGUGUGCGCCUAGGAACGCGGAAGAAAGCAUGUUAAUCAGAGAUGUUGAGAGCUAUGAGCCGGAGUAUUCAGGGGACAUUAGAGGGCCUGCAGGUAGUGUGCAGAGCCCGACUUUCUUCCCUACAGAGUUAGAAAUCUGUGACAUUAAUGUGACAUCCCUGUGCAACAAUGAUCCCUCACUUGGGUAUACUCUAGAUAGCGAGGAUGAUGAUUACUAUGAUAAUGAAAUUCUGCCUUUUUAUGAAACUAUCAGAGCAAAAAGUGAUAGAGCAGAGGUUACAGAGCUACAAGGUCAGGAUAAACUAGACAGCAACAGCGCCCAGGAAACAGACCGGCUCAGAAACCAGCUCAAAGAAGCGUAUUACCUCCUGAUCAAUGCUAUGAAUGAUAUUAACCUGGAUGUCCAGCAGAUAAGCAGUGCUUUAACUGAGCAGCAGGCCACCUCCUCUUGUAGUAGCCACUCCAGGGAUAGUUUAUGCUCCAGGUUAUCUGCCAAAAACAUGGACAGUGAUUCCUGGUCCUCAGGAGGAGACCACAGUCCUCAGCAGGUGUCUGACACUGACUCACUGCUGCUGUGUCUCAGUGGAAACCUGGAGUCAGGCCUUGAAAUUAGACUGAAAAGUAAGAGUAUGAUUAGCCUGUCCUUAACUCAGAAAACACCUGCAUUAGCUCGAUGUGCUAGUGAUGGAGCUAUUAGGUACCCAGGUGGACCUGUGCUUAAUAAUCAGGACUCAGAUGAGAAAGGGGCUGCACAGGAAAAGGAGCAAGUUGCAGGAGUAAGUGAGCUGUCAGAACCUCGGAGGCUUUACAGCACUGUCAGCAGUGAUGAGCUGCUACAAGAUCCUGGAGGUGAUGAAGACCGGGGCGGGCAGGUCAUUGAAAGCGGCGGCUCGGUCAACAGCCUCACUGGAUCCUCAGACAGCAACCAGGGUCAUGACAGCAAGCAGGAAGUCCGAGCACACGGGGCCUUUUCGACCAACAAGGGGCCCGGCGUCACCGUCAACAAGAUGCAAGAGUGGAUGCACAAGGGCCGGGUAUUAUCUUCAGAGAUGAAGCAGCGAAUCGAGGGAUCGUCAUCGACCCGUGGAGGAAGCCAGAGCCAGGAUCCUGGGGUUAAAUCUGUCAAAGCCAAGUCGCCUACGAUCAAGUUGCAGAGGCAGCAUCAGCAGCAUCCAGCUUUCAUUGAGCCUCUACAGACCCCCUGUUCCAACGGCAGGGAGGUGGGCCGGGCCUGCGAGUCUCCAUCAUGGCGGCAGCCGCUCACCACCAUCACAGUCUCCAAGAAACGCAACUGGCUGCAGCAGAGCUCCCUCGGCAAGACUCACUGCGCCAAGGACGAGCAGCAGGGAAUGCUGGGAGCUGAGGAGGAGGGCUCCUAUCAGCCACCACCUCCUCCCAGUCCUUCUCCUGACCACCUGAGACCCUCGGGGGGAAACACAGCACGGCCGGUCCGCCUGCACCUGCCUCAGGUCAGUGUCAGUCCGGCCAAGUUGUCCCCUCACCCUCGGAGCGUGGACCCCGCUGAGGAGAACGAUGCUGACGAUGAAGGAGAGAUCUGGUACAACCCGAUCCCUGAAGAUGACGAGCCGGAGAUGUCACACCGACCCUCCGUUCAGCUGCUGGUUCCUCCUCGUUCAGAGCCCCAGAGGAGGCCAAGCAGGGGGGCAGACGUGGGCAGGAACCUCGGGGUCAGCGGUGGAAGCGCUGGGCUUGAGGCGCUCGGGGAGAGCCUCUGUGGAGGUGUAGGAGGAGGAUCAGGGGAUGGGAGUCAGGGGAAUACUGCACAUUCCACAGAGGCACCACAUCUGCACAGACAGAUGCUCGCGUGCAAAUCUCAGGAGGAGGGGGGGCCUUCCACCAGCAGAGCCACAGAUGUUCCUGACCUGCCCAAUGCUGUCAGCUCCCCUCCUUCAAGCCCAAACCCGGCCAAGAAAAGCAGCUCCCUCAACUGGUCCUUCCCUGACAAGAUUAAGUCCCCACGUACUGUCAGGAAGAUCUCCAUGAAGAUGAAAAAGCUGCCAGAGCUCAGCCGAAAACUCAGCGUUAAAGGGACUCCAAGUAGCUCCAACAACAACGGAGGAAAUCAGUUAGAGCCCAGAGCUCAUUCCCCAAAACACAACGGGGGUGGGUCGGACACUGCCCCCCAUCCCUCAGGACCUCCGAGAUUAGCUGCCUCUGGGGGAGGGCAGGCCAGCCGUAAUGUUAUCUCACGCUACCACUUGGACAGCAGCGUGUCCAUGCAGCACAGCUUCAGCAAGAAGAAAAAUAACGGCAGCUCAAAGUCGGCCAGCAAAGGUGGCUACCUCAGCGAUGGGGACUCACCUGAGCUGGUGGCCAAAUCUGGGAAGCACGGCUCUUCGGAGGGGAAGGGAGGGAAGGGAAAGGAGAUGGAGGGAGGAGGCUCCAAACUAAACGGUACAGAGCUGGACAUUGAUGCUUUCCGUCAUUACAGCUUCACAGAGCAGCCAAAGUGCAGCCAGUACAUCUCUGGACUGAUGAGCCUGCACUUUUACGGUGCGGAGGACCUCAAGCCUCCACGAAUUGACUCUCGAGACGUCUACUGCGCCAUCCAAGUGGACUCAGUAAACAAAGCACGGACAGCACUCCUCACAUGUCGGACUACCUUCUUAGAUAUGGACCACACCUUUAACAUCGAGUUGGAAAAUGCCCAGCAUCUCAAGCUAGUGGUGUUCAGCUGGGAGCCAACGCCGAGGCGAAAUCGUGUCUGCUGCCACGGCACAGUGGUUCUACCGGCACUCUUUCGGGUGACGCGGUGCCACCAGCUUGCAGUGAAGCUGGAGCCACGAGGGCUGAUCUAUGUCAAGCUGAGCCUGAUGGAGCAGUGGCAGAACUCACUGGAUGGUGGGCCUGAUGGAGACAGAGAGCCACAGGUGUUUGGUGUGGAGGCGUGGAAGGUGGUGGAGAGGGAGAACACAGGACUGAUGGUGCCGCUGCUUAUAAGCAAGUGCAUCAACGAGAUUGAGAAAAGAGGCUGCCAGGUGGUGGGUCUGUACCGGCUGUGUGGAUCUGCGGCUGUGAAGAAGGAGCUACGGGAGGCGUUUGAGAGGGACAGCGAGGCCGUGGAGCUGUGUGAAAACACCUAUCCUGACGUUAAUGUCAUCACAGGAGUACUAAAAGACUACCUGCGUGAGCUGCCCUAUCCUCUAAUCAACAAGCCGCUGUACGAAGCCGUGUUGGAGUCCAUGUCGACACGGCCUCUGCGGAUAGGAGCGCUUGGUUGCGAGAACGACCCAGCCGACUCUGAAUACACCGUCAGCCUGCUGGAAAACCUGCCGGAGGUGGAAAGGAUGACUCUACGGAGACUUCUGGACCACCUGAAGUUGGUAGCAUCUUACCAGGAAGUGAAUAAGAUGACAUGCCAGAACUUGGCAGUGUGUUUCGGCCCUGUGCUGCUCAGCCAGCGUCAGGAGGCAUCGUGCCACACAAACAGAGUGUUCAUCGACUCUGAGGAGCUGGCCAGCGCCCUGCACUUCAAAAAACACAUCGAGGUCCUGCACUACCUGCUGCAGCUCUGGCCAGUUGUGGACCCAUAUGGUCAGUCCUCCUCCCAGCCCCCUGCUCCGUCUUCUUCCCCACUUUUAAGUGACCAACAGUCAGCUCCACCACUACGCCGGAGAAAAGAGCGCCCCCAGGUCCUGAAUCUCUCUGAAGCUGAGAUGGCUGGGGUCCUACGCCCCAAACCCGGACGCUUGGACAGCCCAAGUAAUCGCUACGCUGGCGACUGGAGCGGCUGUGGUGAUCAGUACUUCCCCUCUGACAUGUUACUACCUCCCAGUAAAGAGGAGGCAGACUAUGAUGACGUGCCCUCUGAGGACACGGAGGCUGCUGAUGAGAGGCAGGACAAGACUGAGGACACAGAGGAAAAUAAAGGGCAGAAUUUUACAAACCCUGCGUCUGAUCCUGCUGAAGACGAGGAACCUCAGAGAGAGGAGGUGGUGAAGCAGGAGGAGGAGGAGAGAGAGGAAGAGGAGAAGCAAGAAGAGAGUGAUAGUUCAGGCAACGGGCAGCAGUUAGAGGACAAAGAGGAGGACAGGGUUUGUGAACACAUCCUGCCUCCUCGUCUGCCUAAAGAGCACACAUACCAGGCCUACAUGAAGAUCCAGGACAUCAGCCCCGUGCUGAGCAACAGGGUCAACCUGCGAGACCUGCAGGAGAGCAUUGACACUCUGAUCGGAAACCUGGAGAGAGAGCUCAACAAGAACAAGCUCAAUGUCGGAUACUGACUCUACUUACAGUACUCUUUAAGCCUGGCAGAGUUUGGAGAGGAUGUUCUUUAUUGAUCAAGGUGCUUCAGGAUACAGCCACAGUGUUUCUUUGAGGUGUCGUGCUGUCAACAUGGCAGCAUGUAGAGGUGCUGCUGUAAAAACACAAAGGACAAGGUGAAAUGAGAUGUAUCUGGGCACUUCUGGCAUUAGUACCUUACCCAUUGACAUUCCGUAACAUUUUUAUUUCUCUUAAUUUUGUCGACUGUCUUACUUUAUGUUGUCGUUUCAGUCCAGUUGCGUGUUUCAUGUUGUUGUUGCUUCUCUUCUUAUUAGAAGAACCCAUUGACCCCUCAGGGGUUUAAAGGUGCCUUAAUUGUGUGAAGGUGGUAUGUCGAAAGGAAAAUCCAUCCUGAAAUCAAAUGUUUCUCCUCUUAGGAUCCUUAAACUCUUAUGCUACAAGCAAGAUAUCUGUUCAAGUUUUCAGUCAUCCAGGCCAUGGAAUUUAAAGGUUUAUCCAAACUGUAUUAACUGACCUGUAACAAAGAUUAGUUGUCUUUUGGAUCAAGCUUUCUAAUAUGAACCAGAGUCUAUGAUGUUAUGGAGUUGUUUGGUAGUUUAGAUAACCAGAGGUCAUUUCACAACUAGAUUUAUAUGUAUUUGUAAAUUGAUACUGGUGCAAACAUUUGGAAAGAAAUAUGUUGCUAUAGUCGAUAAAAACUGACCAGUUUUGUACCAAAACAUCCUAGUGCUUCCAAGCAUUUCCAAACCAUUAUCAUCCACCAUACUAUUUGGACAGGUGAAUAUGGAUUAAAAUAAGUGCAAUUAGACAUUUUUUGACUUGAAAUUAAACAAAUAAAAUUGCUUGGAUUUAAGUAUUUGCAGUGGGAAUGCAUCAGUAUAAAUUAUUUUACAACAAAAUUAAAACAGCUUUGAUUAAAAUAUUUAACAGUUUAUGAAAUCUGCAGUUAAAUUUCUAGCUUUGAAUUUGUUAUAAGAAAGAAACAUGUAUAUUCAGUUUCAGGGUGGAUUUCCUUUUUUAAGGCAGCAGAGAGCUUUUUCUAAUGAAACACUAAAUAUUGUACAACAAUAAUGCACUUAUGAGGCAGGCGGUAGUGUCGAUUGUCAUUAUAGUUAAUGUGAAAAAUAACGGACUGAGCUGAGGGAGAACAGUGGCUUGUCAAUCCUCUUAAUGAGUCAUUUUAAAGGAAUACAAGUAACAUCGUAUUUGCUUUCCACAUAGCUCAAGAUAUUUGUCCAAUCUGGGAAAAUUUGCUAAAUCCUAUUUUGCUGAGAUGAAGAUGAGAAGAUUGCUACCACUCUCAUGCUUGUAAGCUAAACAUAGAAAUAAAGCAACAAGACUGAGAGCUUUACUCUGUGUUAAAACAAGUAAAAAAAACUAGCUUAUUAAUGUUAAAAUAAAAUUCAAGCAGCAACUUCAGAGACUGAAAAUGCUCCAACACCAAAGUGUCAAAAACUGCAGUUCCUCAAGUGUCCACUUGAGGCUGAUUCCAAAGGUGAGUCAGUCCUCACAGACCCUCAUUUAACAUCAUCAUGGAGAUGGCCUGGCACAAAAAUGUAGCCUUGAACACCAAAAGAUCUUUAUUUUUGUACCAAGCUGUAUCUGUUUAAAAGAUUUAUUUUUCUUCUAAUUUAGGCCAUUAACCCAUCAGUACAUUUACUAUUGAGAUUAUUACUAAUAUAUUUUAUACGUCAAUUAGACUUAUUAUUAUACUGUAUAUGACAAUGAAUGGCUAUGUAGGCUUUUAUUUUGACACUUUUUUUUUCUUUUUUAAUGAUUACCUUUCCCUUUCAUUCAAAUUUUUCUGUUCUUCAAGUCUUUCUUUAAAGCAAGAAAACUCCCAAAAACGUGGUUUGCUAAAACAAAAUUUGGUCCCAUUUUUUAAAUUUUGGUUUUCUGUUUCUGUUAAUGGGAAAAUGGAAAAUUGUCCUUUUUUCUUAAAGAAAAUGAGAAAAUGGCAACAUUUUUACCCACAGCGAUGAAAUCAGCAGGGGGUUAUGUAAAGGGUUCUGUGUCUUGGUUUGUUUCUUUGUUUGUAUGUGUACAAGAUAACUCAAGAACGGAAUGUCGGAUCUUCACCAAACUUUCAGGGAAUAUUGGGAUAAUGACAGGGAAGAAUCAAUUAGAUUAUGGUGAUGAUCCACGCACCCGUUCGGUUUUUCUUGGACUUCGAAUUUUAACACCAUACUAAUCAAUGGGAGCGUGAGUUCCUCGGUGGCGCUGCUUAGGCGUGGGUCUGCCGCUCAGACAGCCAUUCUAGUUUUUUCUUCUUUUCCCCAAAAUGUACUUACAAAAUUGAGCUUUAGUGGCCUCUUGAAAAACUGCAAUUAGCAUUUUUAUGUUAGCCUCAUUUUCCAGUUUUGGCUGGUACUUUUAAGCUACAAAAAGCUAAGCUAAUGUGAGACUGGUAUAUGUCUUCUCGUCUGCUCUGUAUUCUGUAAAUAGGUAAAUAUUCUGAGGGUUCUCAAACUAUUCCUUUAAAAAUACCAAUCAGUCACCUUUCUGCCUCUCACCGCUUAUUUUUUUAUGUUUUAUUUUUGGCAAAACGGUGAAAAACUCACAAUGUGAAGCACAAUUUUCAGAAAAGCGUUGUAAAAUGUUAGCAGCAGGUAUGACUUUGCUAGCUACCUGAACCGACAAAGGACGUUUUCAGCAAUCCAGGGAUUCAGAAUGAUCAGUAUUUAACCUAUAUGUAAAUGUAUAUAAUUAUAUAAAUGUAUUCGGAGUAUAUUAUUUUUACAGCUUCUAUUUCAAUGGCGUAUUUAAAGACUUCUGAUGACCUCUUAGUGUUGACUUGUAGAAAUAGUUGCUUCUCCUCCCUUCGAGCUACCUGUACACAUGUGUAUGUGCUGGACUAAUGGUACAACUCUAGCUGUAAAAUACUAUAUGAUAAAAUCGUGCUCUUGCAGUAAAAGUGAUAUUGUUAUUUUUAUUGUGUAUAUAUUUGACAUUGUGUCUCUGGUGGACUAAGCUGUGUUCAUGAUUUUUGGUGUUUUUUUUUUUUAAAGGUACUGAACGUUGCAUGGUCAAAAGCUUUACUGACAUAAACAAGGCUCCUUCUCAUCUGCCUUUGUAUUUGAUAUUUAUGUGUAAAAAGACUUAUUUUGUUAUGUAUGCUCAUUUGUCCGUACACACUGUUUCCUCAUUAGACAGAUGACUGCAGAUUUUAAGUUUUUCUCCAGAGGAUUUAUAGACAGAUGCUAAUUCAGUUUACUGAAGGACUGCAUCUGACAGGGAGUCUUUUAAAUGACAAAACUUAAAUUAAAACUAAAGAAUAUUCACAAUUGACCAAUAGUCUAUGAGGAAAUCAAAGAAAAGGGACUUGCAUUGUAAACAGCCUUUAUAAAGAUUGCAAUAUAUCCCAAUUUUAGUUGAGAAACAAGAGAAACUCACCUAAAUAUGAGUGAACCCAGCUGCAGAAUGUAAUACUUCUGUUGGAGACACAUCUGAUGGAGCUUUACAUGACUGACACUGUAAAAUCCACAUUUUGUCACUUGCCGGCUUUUUUAUUUAUUUAUUUUUCCAUUUAUUUUACCCUCUGCAUGGCAUCUGUUCACAGCCCUGCUGCUUCACGCUGAAGCUGUUCCUGUCCAUUUGAGCUUGUCUGGUGAAAGUGAUGUCCAGCAGGGUUCCUUAAAAACCAUCUGUCACUGACGGCAAAUCACUAUAAAAUACUAUAAACAUAGCCAAAUUUCCCUAAACCACUGCUAAGUUUCACUGUAGUGAGGAUUCAUGUGAAUAAUGAAAUAAAAAUUGAAAUUAUUCAAGGAAUGAUUAAAAUAUCAACCCUCAAGUGCCAAGUUGACCAUAAAUCCCCUAAAUAUUCUCUAAUAAUUUAAGCACUUGUGUCUGUUUAAAAAGUAGUACAUGACCAAAAACUGUAAAAUCUGCCAUUAUUUGUUGUCAUAUGUGGCCUCUCUCACAUGACCAAAAAUUGGUUAAGAUUUUCAACAUCUCUGAGUGUUUGCCAGGCUUAGGAACCUCAAAGCUCCCGAUGGUUAACCUCCCUGUCAGAGAGUACUUCAGCCAACCCUCAUCCAUCUGUCCUGUCUGUUUCCUCUGGAGAUUAAAACAGAUCACAUGGAAAUCAUCACUACAAAAAAACAGAAAAGUGCUUUGUAUUGAUCCUGAG